AUGGCACCGCCUUGUGGAAGUGGGAGGACGUGGUUGAGGGUAGUAAAGAUGACCUUGUGCUUGUUCUUUUUUGCACCAAUGUCAUCAGUUGGAAUUGGGAACACUAACACCGUCUUUAGUAAGAAACAAAAACUGGAGGUUCGGAAGCAAUUGAAGCGCGUUAACAAGCCUGCUCUUAAAACCAUCGAGAUGAGACCUAGUUCUUAUCCGGAAGGGUUUUCAUUCGAUGAGAGCAACAACGUCUCUUCAAACUCCAAGCCUGAAAUUACUCAGCCAUGGCACUCGAAUGGAAGGUGCCCAGAAGGAACCAUUCCCAUAAGAAGAACUAAAGAAAAAGAUUCAUUAAGGGCAUAUUAUGGUAGGAAAAAACUCCGUACCAUCAAUGCUGAUACCGAUACAAGUAUCCAUGAGUAUAGUCAGAUUUCGGUGGACGGAGAGAGGUAUUGGGGAAUGAAUGCAGAAAUCAACGUGUGGAACCCCCAAACCAUGGCACAAGACGAGUUCAGCUUGGCUCAAUCCUGGAUCGCAGGUCUUGAUAAUAAUAGAAAUAUUGUUGAUACAAUUGAAGCUGGCAUGAUGAGUGAUGGAUAUGCAAGCACCGGUUGCUACAAUCUAGAGUGCCCUGGCUUUGUUCAAGUCGACACCCGGAUUGCGAUGGGGGCAACCGUCAAUCCUUAUUCCGUGUAUGAUGGUGAACAACAUUCAAUGAACUUCUUUAUCUGGAAGUUGUAA